AUGAGUAAAGAAGAAAACUCUAACGGAAAAGAUGGUUUCCAAGGCGAUAGGAGACCGAAUCCUAAAGGAUGGACUCCUCCCAAAGCUCCAUAUAAUCCAUAUGAUCCAACUGACGCAAGACCCCCAGAGGGAUAUCCAUCUGAGUUUAAAAUACCCGGAAGUCAACCAGAAGGCUUUUCUUCUAUACCCAAGAAUCCAACGCAAUAUAAGAGAGUUAAUGAGACCAUGAGAAGGUUGAACUAUACCCCUCGACCCAUGUCUGAGCUCUAUCCUGGACAAUAUAAAGUACUACGCAAGGUAGAUACGAACCAACGACUUAACACAGGAACUAGGUGGUUUGGAAUGUUUUUAGGUGGCUCGAUAGUUUUUUACUGUGUGUUUUUUUAUCGCUGGAAUGAUGGUUACGAAACAGUCUUGUCGGACUUCUACAGGACCCGUUUAAGAUUGAAGGAAAAGAUUAUGCCUUUGACAGAAGAAGAAUAUAACGACUUGCACCAUCCGAAGGGCGUCAAUGUGGUGAUAAAAAACGUCAGGGAUUCAGAGUAUAUUCCUGAGACUCUUAGAAGAACCACUGAGGGUGAAUAUGCACUCAACAGGCCGUCUGAGAGGCAUAUGCUCGAAGCCCAAAGAAUCCAACAAGCACAAGAAGAACAGAUAUUGCGAGAAAUGGACCAGCACAGGAAAUAUGCAAAGGAUUUGAUGAAUGAAGUAGGUAACGACAGUGCUCCCACAACUGCUGAGAACCAAAAAAGGAAGAAGUGGUUUGGAAUAUUUUAA